AUGGUCGAUAGAGUCACUAUUGGGGCUUCUGUAGCUAUGCGUAGUGUACGUGAGCCGGAAGAAGGAAUAUACGAAUAUUUAGAAGAACAAUAUCCUCUUUAUGCUUCAUCUGAGCAAGUUAUGGCACUUCCUAUACGUUUAAAAGGCUGGUUAUGGCGUCGAGAAGGACUGGGAAUCUUUUGUCGGUAUCGUCGUCGUUUUUGCGUGUUUAAAGCGCAACAAGCAACACUUGAUGUUUAUUCAGAUGAAGAAAAAGAGCAUCGAAAACUAUUACAACAUCUGAUACUGACGAGAGUGACGCUCACGAGUCGUAGAGAUCGACUUAUUCUGGUACAGGGAUAUCGAGCAGAUCAGAAUCAGAAUCAGAUGUCGGAGUCAAUGACGAGACGAGCUAUUGAGUCAUGGAGAGGGUUAUUUGGUGAAGAUAUUCAAAAAUGUUGUAAUCGACAAGAAGAAGAGAAUUUCAAGGCAGUAUCGGCGAAAGCCUGUAGUGUGUGGACACACUGCUUUAAGUACCAUAUGAACAGCUACGGAUUGCGUAAACAGAAAAUGAUGCAGAAAGGAAAACAUGAGGAGAAUGUACAGACUUUGACUGGGGAUGAAAAGAAGACGGAGGAGAAGAUGGAAAUGGAUCCGAACUUUGUGUUUGAAGAUACAUCAAAAUGUAAGAGACGACAUUCCGUGCCUGUGAGCAGUUUUCGAGAUUCAAUUGGCAGUGGAUUGUUUUCAAAUACGAGUUCCAAAAGCAGAAGAAGAGAGGAAGCAAUGGUGAGGAGGAGAGAGAGAGUGAAAUGUAGCGUCAGUGAAGCAUCUAAAUCAGCAUCAUCUCCAGUUCAGGUGGACCAGACUAUUGUUACAAGCAACCCGAUGGUAGUCGAAGAUAUGGCAAUGAAAGUAGCGGCAGAAAUUUUGCAGACGUCUAAAGAAAAGGUUGUGGAUAAGAAACCCUCCCAUUUGAUCUCAGACUUUCCAUCCAUUUGGGAUGACGAAGAACUGCUCUCGCACCGUAUCGAUUUUAAUGCAAUCGUUAAAAAGGAAAUGCUGGCUACUGGCGCAUGUGGCGAAGUAUGGCGAGCGAUACAUCGAUCGCAGGACGUCGUGGUAAAGAACUUGCUGCAACAAGUCACGACCGGUACCUCAUCGCCACUAUCUAUCAAGUGGAGUGAUGGCCGCCGUCGUGCCAUUCUAGGUUUUAUUGAGGAAAUACGUAUCAUGUCGCGGCUAGAGCACGGUCGAAUUGUCGAGUUUCGUGGAGUAGCGUUGAGCUCCGAAAGAAGCUUGCUUCUUGUCAUGGAAUACUUGCCUCGGGGUGACCUGAAGACAUUUCUUGGCACCAUCAGGCGCAAGGGUGAUACUUCUUCGAGGCCAAACAGUGGAUUUCAAAGUAUCUGGACGUGGACAAAAUACCAGUGGCGUUUGGCUAUUGACAUCAUCGAAGGGCUCGUGUAUCUCCACUCGCUUAAUCCGCCUCUGGUACACGGCGACUUAAAGUCAGCCAACGUUUUAUUACGCAGCGACCUUCGCGCGAAAUUGACUGACUUUGGGCUCUCGCACUACCUUUUGUCUGAUGAGGACAAAGACACCGAGUUGGCAGGAAAACACGAGAACAAUGCUAGCUCGUCCCGAUAUGGCUCUCGAGCUUACGGCACAGGACGUUGGAUGGCUCCAGAAUUGAUUAAAGGAGGGGCACAGUCCUUCAUAGCUUCUGACGUGUACGCUUUCGGGAUUGUGUUGUCGGAGAUUGACACUUGUGCGCUGCCAUUUCAUGAGCGAGAGAAAUCAGCGGUUAGCACCUUAAGCGAAUGCAGCAGCGACGACAGCGACUUCCGUUCGAUAAACGAGAACGCUUUCGUGCGCAAGAUCGUGGCCGAUGGCUGGAAGCCUUUGUUACGUGUGACGUGCCCGGAAGUUAUUAAAAAGCUUGCUCAUGAUUGUUUGCUGCCGGAUCCGAGUAAACGUCCGACGUCACUCGUGGUCGCAUAUCGAUUACGCCAGGCAGCUCUUAAGCGUGACAGGCCCGAGUCUCUUGCUGCACAAGCCAAAGCCAUCACUUCACUAUAUAUUUACUGA